AUGAGUACUCGAAGUUGGGGAGUGGAAUUAUGGGAUCAAGUUGACAAUCUGCUACAGUUCGAGAAUGACCAACUUGCUGUGCAUGACCAUCAUUAUCGGCUCCUAGUGGAAAUUCAAAAGCUUAUUUCUGAAUUCGGCAAGAAGUACCGCAAAACGGUGUCAAGCUUUGUGCCCAAGAAAAGGUUAAACACAACCAUGGAACAUAAGCUAACAUACAACAAUGUUCUCAUCGAUUCUUUAGCCUCAUUUAUUGAAAUGGGAAUGGCUUUUGAGGGCUAUGGAAAUGAGCUCCAGCAUUCUGUCAUAACGCCACUCAAAGCAGAGUACGACAGAGAAAAGAAAAUUGCAGAAAAGGUCACAAUUGACUACGGGAAGUACAACUCUACUCGCGAACGAGAAAAAAGGAAGCUAGAAGACACCUGGCGGGCCCAUGUUAAUGCUCUCAAAGAAAAACAAAAGGCUGAAGCCCAGAAUACUCUAGCUCAAAAUGACCCAAACAUUUCCGCUGAAGAAAGGCAGAAGGCUCAAGCUUUCCUAUCGGCCAAACAGCAGGCCUUCGUGGAAACUCAACAAUCCUAUGCUUCCGAGAUGUCUUCAUUCAAUGAAAACCAGCGUUUUCACUUCACUCACAAUGUUAAUGUGCUCAUAGCUGACCUGGAAAUGAUCGACAGACAACGGGCUCGUAUCACUCAGAAUCUUCUUACUAAGUGCUCGGAUCUUGGUGAUGUAUUGGCUAAGAAGCUUUCGGACUCAGCUAUUGCUCUGCGGAAAACUGUAUCCAGAAUAGAUCCAGAAGAAGACUGCAAAACUGUGUUGGAGGCUCGUAAAACGGAGUAUCUUUUCCCUGUCGAUCUUCCCUUCUUGAAUCUCGCCCAAUGCACCCAAGCUACUCUGGAAAACCAAUCUGCCUUGGUGAAACUCAUGCUGGGGUCUUCGAACGGCUACUCUGUCAAGUCCACUGAGAAGGCGUCCAAGGGCUUGCAUAACUUAUUUGGGAAGUCUAAAUCACAAACCUCUGACGGAAAUGUACUUCAAACGCCCUUUAUUGCUGGAAUUGGCUACAAACCUGUCAAGGAAUCGGAUAUGACUGUAAUCCAAUUGAACGAUCGCAUCAUCGCGCUCAAGAAGAAUCUAGACAAGGUUCAGAAAACUCUUUCGGCAACUCAGGACUCCGAUUCAGAUGUUGAUGAUCCUGUAGCGCCAACUCAUAAGGGGGAUUACGUCGGUGAAGCCACGUUGAAAUAUGACUGCGAAGGUAACGACGACGGAUGCAUAUCGGGCAAGGCAGGAGAAGUUUUCUAUGUUCUUGAAGAAGAUAAUGAUGGUUCAGGAUGGACAGCGGUUGUGAGCGCAGAUGGGCUAAGACAGGGCUUUUUGCCAACUUCCCACAUGGAUAUAACCCUCUACUAA